GGGCGGGAUCAGAAAGCGUAUCCGAGGGGCGAGAGGCUCGGGCGGAAGUUGUCCCCGCGGUGGCGGCGGAGAAUAAGGCCUUGGUACGGCAACGGGGACGCUCCGGUAGGCUGGAGCUACGGGCGCAGAGCCGUCUGAAGAACUGAGUGUGAUUUAAUUUAAAGCAAGACUGAGAAAUGCAUUCUCUCUCUGUAUCUAUUCAGACUGCUCUUUGAUGGCCAUGGCAUAAGGAACAUUAUCCUGGGAAUACAGCUUUGCUCUUGGGGAGAUGCGAACAAACGUUUAUUCAUCCCAGAUAGGGCACCAAGGACAGAGCAAAGUACGAUUCCAUCAAGGUCCAACUUGUCGAACCACACUAAACAAGAUUGGUGAUGAAAUGGAGCCUGGAACGAACUCUUUUCAAGUAGAGUUUCCAGAUUUUUCCAGCACCAUUCUGCAGAAACUAAACCAGCAGCGCCAGCAAGGACAGUUAUGUGAUGUCUCCAUUGUUGUCCAAGGCCACAUUUUCCAGGCACACAAAGCCGUUCUUGCCGCCAGUUCACCCUACUUUUGUGACCAAGUACUCCUGAAAAACAGUAGGAGAAUUGUUUUGCCCGAUGUGAUGAACCCAAGAGUGUUUGAGAACAUUCUUUUAUUUAGCUACACAGGACGCCUUGUCAUGCCUGCUCCAGAAAUUGUUAGUUACUUAACUGCGGCCAGCUUCCUCCAGAUGUGGCAUGUGGUGGACAAGUGCACCGAGGUUCUGGAGGGAAACCCCACGGUCCUGUGUCAGAAGCUGAACCACGGCAGUGACCACCAGUCUCCCAGUAGCAGUAACUACAACGGCCUGGUGGAGAGCUUUGAGCUGGGCUCUGGGGGCCACACUGAUUUCCCCAAAGCCCAGGAACUGAGAGAUGGAGAGAAUGAAGAGGAGAGCACCAAAGACGAGCUGUCAUCUCAGGUCACCGAGCAUGAGUAUUUGCCCAGUAACUCGUCUACUGAGCACGACCGACUGAGCACAGAGAUGGCCAGCCAGGACGGGGAGGAGGGGACCAAUGACAGUACUGAGUUCCACUACACCCGGCCUCUGUAUAGCAAGCCCAGCAUCAUGGCUCAUAGGCGCUGGAUCCACGUGAAGCCUGAGCGCUUGGAACAGGCAUGGGAUGGCAUGGAUGUUCACGCUGCCUACGAUGAGCACCAGGUCACUGAGUCUGUCAAUACCAUGCAGACAGAUCACUCUGCCCAGCCUUCGGGAGCAGAGGAGGAGUUCCAAAUUGUGGAAAAGAAAGUGGAAGUAGAGUUUGACGAGCAAGCAGAAGGCAGCAGCUAUGAUGAACAGGUGGACUUCUAUGGCUCCUCCAUGGAAGAGUUCUCUGGAGAAAAGUUGGGUGGGAAUCUAAUUGGACACAAACAGGAGGCUGCCCUUGCCGCAGGCUACAGCGAGAAUAUUGAAAUGGCAAUGGGGAUAAAAGAAGAGGCGUCCCACUUAGGAUUCUCGGCCACCGACAAGCUGUAUCCUUGUCAGUGUGGGAAAAGUUUCACGCACAAAAGUCAGCGAGAUCGACACAUGAGCAUGCACCUCGGUCUUCGCCCGUAUGGCUGUAGUGUCUGUGGUAAGAAAUUCAAAAUGAAGCACCAUCUCGUGGGCCACAUGAAAAUUCAUACAGGCAUAAAGCCCUACGAGUGUAAUAUCUGUGCAAAGAGGUUUAUGUGGAGGGACAGUUUCCACAGGCAUGUGACUUCUUGUACCAAGUCCUAUGAAGCUGCAAAGGCUGAGCAGAAUACAACUGAGGCUAACUAAAAAUAGGGUCUGGCCCUUGAGUGGCAUGCAUAAAAAUAAACUAUGGUAAUUAAUGCAAAUCUGGGCACAGAUGAUGCGUGCCACUUGCUAUUAUGAGAGAGGCUUAAAAAAAAAAAAAAGAAAGAUAUUUCUGAAAGACCAGCUCUAAGUAGGCCAAUUAAAAGAUUUAAUUUCUCAAAUCUGUAUGUUCUCAUCCUGGCCUAAAUGGUUGAUGGGGCUAAGUUCACCCAGUGCCCAGCUGGCAAGACAGCCCUUCCAGUCAGCAGUGGCUAAGGCAGGGGGCUGGGUGGCAGAAUCUAACCCAAUCCUGCCCAGGUGACAGCGGCCGGCUAUCACUGUUGUCCUGAGGUCUUGUUGCAUUUUGUUCUCUCCUGGUAGCUACAGGGCUUCUGGGCUUUGCUUUGGUAGCUGCAUCACUGGAUGCUGCUCCCCUCAAGGCUACAGCAAGGACUCCUGGGCUGAGCUGUGAGCAGAGCUCUUUUUUGUCUACUUUCAUACGUUCUUAAGGUUCUAGCUAAAGCCGUGGUGAUGUUAGGCGGAGCUUCAGAGUCCGAAGCAGGAGACACUGUCACCAUGCUGCAGACUCUGGAUAAGGCACGAUUUUAUGUUUAAUUCUACUUGGUUAAGUCUAUGGGUGCCAGAGAUAGGUGUUUCUAGUUGGUGUGUUGUCCUACACUUCCCUCAUUUAAUGGCAGGAGAUGACCAGUUUGCAGUGUCACAUGACAGUGCUGGCUAGCAGUGACCUGUGGCUCCCCUGCCUUAGAUCAUGGUGCUUCCCAAAAGGGCAGCCAGGGACCACAGCUCCUGAGACUAAGCCAGAAUGUGUGGCUAAGGGUUCCCCGUGAAUAAGACGUUCCCAAACUCAGUGAGUGAGAGGCAGCAACUUAUACACAGAAGGCUUGAGAGAGGAAUCCUAAAAACACUGGUGUGGACAGGGCUCAGUUAGAGGGUGCACUGAGCAAUAUUGUCAGCUCUUUGUGGCUUCAGAGGGGGAAGGAGCCCUACAUUAAGCAACGUCAUCUACAGACUCAUGUUCCCCAGUCACAGAGAAAGCUGCAUUUACAAGUCCCAGUAGUUUAUGAACGCACACACCAUACAUACAUACAUACAUACAUACAUACAUACACCAUCUCUGCAAGGACAAGGCUGUCCUUGAGGUCUGUUCUGCAUGGUCAGAUGUUUUAGGUUGGAAAGAACAGAAAGGUUUUAAGCCUGUGAUGGGCCUGAGGCUCCUGCUGGGUAGGGGUCUGGUAUGCUUUGCUUUACUGGCCAAAGCAGCUUAGGGAGGAAGAGGUUUAUGUCAGCUCACACCACCAUCAUUGAGGAAACUCCUGGCAGGAACUUGAAUAUUGACAGUCAAGACUGCUGGCCAGACACGCCCACAGGCCACUCCCUCAGCAGAGACUCCCUCUGGCUCUAGGCUGUGUCGGACAGAGCUAGACAGUAGGGCAGGGGUUUGCUCCUAUAUUAUCAUCUGUUUCUUUUCUUUUUUUUUCUUUUUUUUUUUUUUUGGUUUUU